CCACUCCUAGCGACCACCUGCAAGGGUGCCACGGGGCAGGCAAUCCUCGACGCGUACAGCGCAGUGAUGAUCAACCGUGAAUCGGAAUUGCAGCCUUCAAGGUCUUCUUUUGCAACUUCAACCUUUUCCACGAAUGUGACAAGCUACACCAUUAUCGCCCAAUUCACUGGGUGCCGAAUAAACGUGUCCUCGAUUCAGCAUAAAUCAAACCUCCGUCGGAACAACACUUCCAUCCAGAAGUUGGGUUAAGAAUCCACAUCUGCCAACAGAAGUCUACCAGCAGCAUUACAUGGUGAUCCUCUCGACGAGCGAUCUGGACUCGACGACAUUCGAAGCACUACGCUUACCGCAUAUUCAACUUGACCUUUCAUAUUGCCAGUCACAUAGCGAUAACGAAUCCCUAUAAGCGGCCCGCUGUGCCCGCCACGUCUGCCCACCAUGUCACUCGGCGGACAACAGCUCCUGGAGUACCUGGAGAAGCUGCCAGGGACAGCUUUUAGGAGACUAUACCAGUCACCUGCGACAGCUCUGGCCAUCUUCCGCCGUAUGCUGUCUUACCAUGCCAAGGUCAUUGUCCGAGGCCUACUCUACAUGCCCGAUCCUUUCCCUUUGACCUCGUUAGACAUAUGGUUCCCUCCAGAGGCCGAUGGCAAGAUACACCGCGAUCGCACCAUUGCCGCUCUCCGAUCCCUUCACAUCCUCCAAGUCUCACCACCGGGCAAAGACCGAACCCAAGAAAUCCAAAUCACGACAAGCUUCAAGAAGGGCCUACAACUAGCCUUCGAAGGUGGCGGCGAGGACGGCAGCUUCGGUGUCCCUAGUUCUCUCCCCGUCGAUCCCACCAUCGACAUUGCCUACCUCGACAAGUACGCCCGAAAGAAGUGGGACGACAUCCUCCACUACGUCGUCAACAGUCUUGGAGUACACGGCAGUUCAGAAGGGGUCAGCGGUCCCAAAGCUAGCGUCAAGGAACUGCUCCUCGCCGGACGCCUCGUCGAACGACGUCCCGACACCCGAACAGGAAUCGGCAUCACGCAAGCCGGCUUCACCUUCCUCCUGCAAGAGUCCAACGCCCAAGUAUGGACGCUCCUCCUCCUCUGGCUCGAAGCAGCCGACCACACAGCCGACUCGGGCAUGGACAGCAUCGACAUGCUCUCCUUCCUGUUCAUGCUUAGCUCGCUCGAGCUCGGCACCGCCUACGACACCUCGGCCCUGACCGAGACGCGGCGGAAUAUGCUUCCCUCGCUCGUCGACUUUGGGCUGAUCUACUUCCCGCGUGACACGCGGCAGUUCUUCCCAACCCGCCUCGCCACAACCCUGACCAGCACCGCCUCCGCCCUGCGCACCGUCUCCUCGGCCUUCACCGCCGCGACCGCCAACCCCUCCGGCGAACCAGGCACAACCACCAGCACCUCUGGCGGCCCCGCCGCCACCCCCGACAAAACACAGACAACAGCUAAGGGCAUCAUCAUCGAGACCAACUACCGCAUCUACGCCUACACCACCUCCCCCCUUCAAAUCGCCGUCCUGGCUCUCUUCUGCCAGCUCAACAUGCGCUUCCCGAACAUGGUCUCCGGCCGCUUAACCCGCGAUUCCAUCCGACAAGCGAUCGGCUUUGGCAUCACCGCCGACCAAAUCAUUUCCUACUUACACGCGCACGCGCAUCAGCAGAUGGUGCGCGAAGCCACGGUGACCGGUAAACCCGUGCUUCCCCCGACGGUAGUGGACCAGAUCCGGUUGUGGCAGCUGGAGAACGAAAGGAUGCAGACGACGGCGGGUUUCUUGUUCAAGGACUUCGAGAGCACGGAGGAGUAUGCGGCGCUGAGCAGGUAUGCGGAGGAGAUUGGCGUGUUGGUGUGGAAGAAUGAUAAGCGGCAGCUGUUCUUUGCGAGUAAGCAUGAGCAGUUGAGGGAUUAUUUGAAGAGUCGGAAGAAGGGGGAGUAAGGCUGUAAGGGUGGUGGUUUAGGCUGGGGGUCAAGUAUGGCGGGUUGAAUGACACACCUCUAGGGAUGGAAGACUGGGUGGGUGGGUGGACGGUACCAGGUCCGGUUAUGCAUCAUAGAACUUUCAUCUGUGGGCAAGUUUGGUCAAGAUUUGUAUUGAAAAGGGAGUUCUGGCUUGGAUGGAUAUGGCAAUUUGGCUUCGCACGAUGACGGACCUGCUUAUGGAAAGGAGUUGGGGGUCAAAAAGGGGCAUGCAUAUGUUUCAAAACUGAGGUAAUAGUCCUGGGAACUACCGUAUAAUCUCUGGAAAUUGACUUUCGGGAAACCGCUUUUCAGGCACAUAUAUGCCAUUUUCCUGCCCGAUGUGGCGCAUAUGUAUGCCUGCCAACUUAGGUAGGGGAGAUAUAUUGCUACCCCGGAG